AUUGAUAAUAUUUUAGCUAUCACAACAUCAAAACUACCUAAAUGGCAACACUUCCAGCAGAAUCAAUUGACGAAAUUGCAGAGCAAAUUUUGGAUGAAAUAGAUGAUGAUGAACAAGGAUUCUUCCAAAUCUGGUUCAAACAUUUGAGAAAAAUGACUAUAGAGAAGAUAAUAAAAGGUUUUAUGGGUGGAAUCGGAGUCUUCGUAGGCUCUCUCUUCUGCCACCACUACGUGCUUCCCCAUCUAGGUUUGCAGUUCUAUUCGCUGUUUCUAGUGAGGCUGCACAAAGUUUAAUAAUGAUAAUUGUUUCACAAAGAGUUAGACAAUGGAGUAGAAAUAGUUGGAGUUUU